AGUCCUCCUGUAUUUCUAGUCUUCUUGGUCUCAUAUAUAUAUUUGCAAAAUGUCUGUGGAUUGGGACUGGAAAAGUUGCAAAUUUGGAAAAGAAAAUGUUGUGGCUGAUAAAGUUCAUAACAAUUCUGAAAACGCUUCUGAAGAAGCUCCUUCUGAAGAAAAUUCAGAUGAAACAAAACAAUCACUGGACAAGUUGUCCGAAAGAGGCAUAUCAUUUGAGCUUCCUGCCAAUAAUUUACCUAGAACUCUACGUUUGUCUGAAAGCUUUGAAGUUUCACCUCCAAAACGAGCUUCAAUUCAAUUGGAAAAUCUUACACCUCGAAGACGUUUGAAAUUUGGUUCUUUAGAGGAUCUUGCUUACCCCCACACGCCAGAUCGAUUGGCUGAAUAUCGUAGAAUUUUCAGAGACGACGCAUCUUCAUAUUGUGGUGAUGAAAAAAUUAUGCAUAACGAAUUUAUACGUCUAAUGAACAAAGGGGUAUAUGGUGUUAGUGUUAAAACGUUUAUGAACGAUUUCUAUGAAUCUGACUCCGGAUCAUUACCAUUCGGAAUAGUGUAUGCCCAUUUUAAACGGUACCUCGACACUCAAUCCAUUCUGCAAGGAGAUACUUCGACCGACUUUUUGUUACGUUCCUGCACAAAAAAAGAUAAUUACAUGAUGUAUUUGUUAAGAGUUUUUGAGUUUCCGGCGGAUUUAAAAAAUAAAGUGGCAUAUGUUUGUGAAUUUAAGAUUCUCUUGACACAUCAUAUGAAGCUAUUGGAGAUGGACUUUGCAAAAUUACUACCGCCUGAUGUCCACUUCUAUAUAUCACGAGGAAAGCAUAAAUUAGAGGCUAUCAGGGCUAGUAGGAUGAACAUCAAAUACCAAAUGGCGGUAACAUUACACACAGGAAUUCUUGAAGACGAUGAAGAAGUUCCUUAAGUCAUGUUUAUUUUUAAUCAGGUUAUAUUUUGUUUAAUAAUAAUAUAAUAAUUUUUCUAAAAAAUAAAUAAAAUUUCAUAGUAAAAAUGUAAACUUGUAUUUGUUGUUACAAACAUGCUGAUUUAUGUUUAUUGAUAAUAAUAAAAUAUGUAUGAGCAAGAGUUAUCAUUCAAUGAUUUUAGUUUAUUCUACAAAAAAACAAUCAAUCAAAAAGUUAAUUCAAUUAAUAAUUCACUAUUCAUUAUUUUAGUUUUAAAGAUCGUCUAUUAAAUGUGAAAAUUGAGCUGCUAUCGUAUUAUAUGGUAUUGAGUUAGCUCCUCUGAUAUAUUUAAUUGUGUCGAGGCAAUCUCUGACUUCUUUUUUUUCGGACUCAGAUAGUUCGAGUUUGAUUUUUUUUCGACGUAUUAUUGUAACUGUCAAAUCCCAGUCGUUUUCUAUUUUUUUUCUACAUUGACCACAAAAUGUUGAUCUGACAGAUCCAGUUUGAAAAGACCCACAAUAUGAACAAUACUUGAAAAAACUCGUGUCGUCUGUUUUUUUUCUGUCAUCUACAAAAAGCUUUGUAUCACAGUAUGUUUUUUUUUUUUUAUCCUCAAAAAACAUUGUAUCAUAACAUUGUAUCAUAUCUGUUUUUUUGUUUUUAUCCUCAACGAGCUUUAUAUCACAGUCUGUUUCCUUUUCGUUAUCCUCAACGAGCUUUGUUUUUUUAGAG